AUGAAGUCUUUGUUUCUAUACAAUCUUACCGCCAACGAGGAGCGCCUCGUGGCGGAGAUCAGACAAGCGAUGGAGUGGAAGGAGAGCGUUAAUAUUUGCUCGACCAAUGGUAUGGAAGUGAGCCUCAUCGUCCGGAAUGUUCUGUCAGAAUUACUGGUGAGAAUUUCGGAGGUUGGAAAUCGCUUUAUGACACUAUCCUUGGGAGGAUCAAAGUUCGGCUGUAAUCUGAAUCAUGUUGUACAACUGGCAAAUGAACUCGGAAUUUUGAAGAAGAUUUGCUUUGAUGAUGUGAAUUUUAUUCCUUCGAUUGUUCACGGGAUGUGUCUGAACCCCAACCUCCUAGAAAUAUCUCUCUGCAUAGCUUCGCCGAACUGGAGGAAAUCGGCGCUGAUAUCCUUUUGCAAAGCUCUGACCAACCCCCAAUCAAGAUUGGAAAUUUUGCGUGUGAGAACUUGGACUCAUGUUGAUUGCUUCACGCGAAAUCAAUUGGACAUCCCACAAGUUACACAAUGGGAUGAAGGUCUCGAUCCUAUACUGCAAGCUCUGGUUGGAAAAAAUUCUAUUCAUUAUUUGGAAGUGCAAGUCCAUGAUUUGUUCUCCACAGAACAGAAGUCAAUCCUGAACCAAUGCCUGUGUCAUGAGGAUUGCCAGAUUGCUACACUGGAUCUACGGGUUCAAAGAUCAACGACCAAAGAUCCUUCCAACGCUAAUGCUUUGAGUUGGAUCUUUCCAGGCAUGAAAAAAAACACCAGAUUGAGGCAUAUUCAUUUUUGUGGCUGGAAACUGACAGCUGGUCACUCGAAAGAAAUCAUCAAUGCACUUCAAAGUUGUCGCCACAUAGAAGGAUUCAAAUUCGAUCGAAGUCAACUGGAAAGCAAUCCAAGCGCUUUCAUUACUGCACUACUCAAACUUGAUUUCCUCAAGAGCAUAUCAUCCUAUAGCAACGGCUGGAAACUUUCCCCUCCACGGCGGUAUGAUGAAUUUGAUAUAAGUGCACUCUUGCCCGCCAUAACGGGGAACAAUUCACUCGAAGCGUUAUAUUUGAGAGACAUGAACGUCUCGAUAGAAUCGAUCAACGAGCUACUCCGAAUCAUUGGAGAGCAUUGCCCGCAUUUAAACACGCUGGAGCUAAUCAAUAUGUCAAAACUAUCGACGUCAGGCGAGGACAGAUUCCUGGAACCACUUCGAUGCCCAUAUAUUGAAAAGGUGCACCUGGUCGGUCUACCUCCAUUUGCAUCAAAACGACGGCGUGGAGCACAGUAUGAAGACCGAACUGCUUGGUUUCGGCGAGCACUGGUGGAAUGCCCACGACUGUAUAGUUUUGGUCCUGGAGAAAACUAUGGAUUGUCUCGGUUUUUGGUGGACAUUGACACCAAUCUACUACAUAGUGCCGACUUUCAUAAAUAUGGUCAAUUGGUGGUUGGCAAAUCGAAUCCUCCCUCAUUAUGGACACACGUUCUCCACAAGAUCCAAUGCGAACUAGACGAUCCGAAACGAAUUUCAAGCGUAAUCUUUGCGCUGCUUGCAAAGGGAUGCAUACAAUCUUUUAUACAAAAAACUGAUGACUAUUGUUGUCUACGGUAG